AUGGCGAAUUGGGGGCAGAAAAUGUUGGCAGGGGUAGCGGCGUUUGGGUAUGACGCACCGAUUCACAGGUACCCCAGCAUGGCUUCUCUCCCGUUGCAUGGCUCGUAUAAUCGCUCCCUCGGCAUUCAAGCCCACUCCAUGAUCCACAAGCCCGCCGAUAGCUAUUUUGGUGCUCUGGCCACCCGCGCUGGGCCGCAUCCCAUCUACGGCUACAAUGGGUGGCCAAAAAGGCCGCUCGAUCAACAGCCGGUCGUCGGAUGCCUGGCCAGGGAGUGUUUAGGGUCGUCGUCGAACAGCGCCGCCGCUAUAUUUAAUACGGCGGAAUCCGAUGGGGUAGCGUCGACAGAGGUGGUGGUGCUUAUCAUAUCAAGAUUAUAA